UGUCCCGGAUAUUGUAGUGGUACACAUACUUGGAGUCGAAAGUAAGUACGUACAACUAUGAGAUACGGGCAAUUUGUUAUGGGGCCUGCUGGCUGUGGAAAGUCGACGUAUUGCUCGACUAUUGUGAAACACUGUGAGAAUAUCAGACGUGCUGUUCAUGUUGUGAAUCUAGAUCCAGCAGCGGAGUACUUUGACUACCCUGUUGAUAUUGACAUUCGAGAUUUGGUACACUUGGAUGAUGUCAUGGAGGCUGACGACCUAAAACUCGGCCCUAAUGGAGGACUCAUAUUCUGCAUGGAGUAUCUUGUUCAGCAUUUAGACUGGCUUCAAGAACAACUAGGAGAGGGUGACGAUGAUUAUUACCUUUUUGACUGCCCUGGGCAGAUUGAGCUCUAUACACAUGUUCCUGUAAUGCGACAAGUUGUUGAUUCUCUAGCACAGUGGGACUUCCGGAUAUGUGGAGUAUUUCUUGUUGAUUCACAGUUUCUAGUUGAUGUUGCCAAACUGUUUUCUGGUGCUAUAACCGCUACUGCCGCCAUGGUACAAUUAGAACUUCCUCACAUUAAUGUUAUGUCUAAAAUGGAUCUACUGAAUAGAAGAGACCGUCAGAGGGUAGAGAGCUACUUGGAACUCGAUACAGUAUCUCUGAUGGAUGAAUUAGGGAGUACCAUGGGAUCAAAGUAUGCCAGUCUCAAUCGAGCUGUGGCAUCUCUUCUGGAUGACUACAGUCUUGUGCACUUUGUACCCCUUGACAGUACAAGCGAGGAGUCUAUUUCUGAUUUGUUACUCCGGAUAGAUUUAUCCAUUCAAUAUGGUGAAGACAUGGAUGUGAGAAACACAGACACAAAUGUAAAUGAUGAUGAAGGUGUCGUUGGUGAUGAAUAAUACAGUACAAGUUACCAACACUGUUUUACUGUAAUUUUACAGGUUUGGGUAGAAGUGUACAGCAAAAUACAUAUAACUGGUUUGUAUAAAUGCUA